CACUGGUUGCAUUGAAAAUGUAGAGGAGGAGCUGCCUUGAUAAGUGGCCCAGGAGGAAACACUGUCUCUGUCAGUUUUGAGUGUGCCAUCAACGUAAGCGCAUCUCGCAGUGUCGGAGCAUCGCUUGCAAACCAAAACUACAAGAGUAAACACCUUCAUCCUGUGGAUUGCUCGUGGUUUCUUUAAGAUUAUGGAGUUUAAAUUGUGUGCGUAAAAGGGACAUUUGGAAACGAUGGAUUUGCCUCUUGUCGGAGAACCUGAAGAAUGUGCAUUAAUGCGAAAUGUCACUACUUCGGAAGUGAGAGGAGAAUAUUUGCUUAGUGUGAAAGAGUGAAAAAAGUUCCAGCAGGUAUGAACUCCACGGCAGCAGCGGGGAGAUUUCAACCGCCCACCAUCCCGGUGAUUAUGUUCAUCUUCGGGGUGGUGGGGAACGUCAUCGCCAUAGUGGUUCUGCGGAUAUCACGAAAGGAACAAAAGGAAACGACUUUUUAUACACUUGUGUGUGGCCUGGCGGUGACAGACCUCCUGGGCACACUGCUGGCCAGUCCUGUCACAAUCGCCACCUACGUGAAGGGCGCGUGGCCGGGAGGGGAUCCACUGUGCCAGUACUCCGGCUUUAUCCUGCUCUUCUUCUUCUUGGUCCAGCUCAGCAUUGUGUUUGCAAUGUCAGUGGAGAGAUACUUGGCAAUAAACCAUGCGUAUUUCUACAACGAGUACGUCAACCAAAAACUUGCUGCUUUGACUCUUGUGGCCAUAUACAUUUCCAACAUCGUGUUUUGCGCGCUGCCCAGUUUGGGGCUCGGGCAGGUGAAACUCCAGAGACCGGAGACCUGGUGUUUCAUUGACUGGCAGAACAACCAAACAACAGUCGCGACUUUUAACUUGAUGUACGCGGGUGUAAAUUCAGUCAUCGUGCUUGCCACUGUCAUUUGCAACGUGAUGGUGUGCGGGGCUCUGAUCCUGAUGCACAAGCGGUUCAUCCGCCGCACGUCUUUGGGCACGGACCAGAGGCGCAUCGUGGACCUCAGGCGCAGACGGAGUUUCGGACGAUUAGCCGGAGCAGAGAUUCAGAUGGUGAUCCUGCUUAUAGCUACCUCCGCUGUGGUUCUCAUCUGCUCCAUACCUUUAGUGUGGAGGAUCUUUGUAAACCAGCUGUACGGAAACCAGACAGAAGAGCCUUCAGGAUUGAAUAAAGAUCUGCUGGCCAUCCGCAUGGCCUCUGUCAACCCCAUCUUAGACCCUUGGAUCUACAUCCUGCUGAGAAAGACAGUUGUCCUCAAGCUGAUGGAGAAAAUCAAGUGUCUGUUCUGCAAAAUGGGCGGCGGGGGACGAAGGAACGGCAGUCAUUUCCGCUGCGCCGACAGCGGCCUCUCCGCCUCCAUUGUCUCGCGAGAUUCUCCCUCGCUGUUGUCACAUGAGCUGCGGGAAAUGGUGAACACCUCGCAGACCUUUCUGUACCAGUCGGAGGAAAACACCAGGAGGUCAAUUCAAGCAGGAGCACAGGGCAGCUCCAGUCCUCCAGAAGCACAGACGUUGCAGGGCCCCCAGGAGGUCGAGGGGCCUCAGAGGGAGCUUUCACAGAGUGAUUUAGAGGAAAGAGUGCCAGGCAGGCCACACAAAGAGCUUCCUAUGUGCCCCAAGGACCCGGCUCUACAUGUGACCUUCACGGACGAGAAUGCAAACUUACAGGAGAAAUGCAUAUAACAUUUAGCAUGAUCUCGAAAAGCUUUCACUUCUGUUACAGAAACAUCUACGGACAGAAGAUAGGAACUAAUAAGAGCACUGCAAAGACAUGAUAAUUAUGGGACAGCACCUGAAUACUGAAUAGUCAUCCAUCAAUCUGUGGAUAGCUUGCUGACUGCUGUUUGACAGACUACUGAACUACAUAUCCAUUAUCAAUGUAGGCCUAAUACUCUUUGUCUAAAAGUUAUAACAAACACACUAUCACUAAAUACACUUAAAACAGUACAACCAAAACAGCUAAAUGAGCGAAACCAGAGAACAACAUGACGUUGUUGAUGAGCUCUUUUCUUGCACUUUUUUAAUUGUUAAACCACUGCGAGGCUGUUUUGACAAACUGAACGAUGACUGUUAAGAAUGAAUGUGAAAAUGUGAAAAUGUGUUCCAUGAUGUUAAUUUAUUUUAAAUAUAAAAUUGUACAGUAUUCACUUCUCUGUGAGAAGGUCCAGAUAGCUUGGAGGCAUUUUAAAUCAGCACAAGAUGAAUAUGUUUUUUGUUUUAUUUUUUGGUACAUACUACGUGGGAAUAUUUGCAAACAAUUUGGUCCAACGGGCUGCAGUUUAUAACAAAAGACAGCUAUACUGUGUCUUUUCCACAAUACAGACACUGGAGGAUGUUGAGAGGCCUCAUAAAUUAAUGUGUUAAUAUAAAAUCGUUAAUGUACUUGUUCCAGCCCAUAACUUUGUAAGGAUUAAUCCAACUGCAUUUUAUUUAACCUUAAUGUAAUGGACAAUCCCUCUCGUCUAAUCAGACUUUAUUGGGGAAUUAAGAAGAGGAAUGCAAAUUGAAGACAUUAAGUUUCCUGUCUGAUGAGUUUUAAAGAUUUUGCCUCAACUUACAAUGGAUUUCCUGAUGGCAUUAAUGCUAUCCUAUAAAGAUUUAUAUAAAUACCGUGUUUAUACUUCAAUGUUAAAGUUGUUGUUGCAACAGCCGGUGUGAACAUCACCACAAAAAGGUUGACUCUCUUGUGAAAAGACUGUUGUACCAAACUCAUAAAUAAACAAAAAAUUGAUAAAUAUUCACA